CAAUGUAGCAAGUCGAGCCUCCUUUUCUCGAAUGACCAGCACAGGCCAUUGCAUGUUUGCUCGUUUCUGCACCGAUCGAAUAUUCAAAAAUCAAUACCAGCGAUAGUCACAACUACUUCAUUGCGCCAAAGCUUCGAUUGCUUUCCACAACAUCACCUGUUGCUUCAAUCAGCAUGUGCGAAUGGUACCGACGGAACUACGCCUGCGGACAUCAUUUCACAGGUGCUUCUGAGUGGUGUUACCGGUACAGCCAGACCCAAAAGCGGUGCAAGGUGGUGGUGACGCAGGUUGACUACGAUUCCUCUGUAUGCAAAUCUUGUGCAAAGAAGGGAGUCAAGACAGAAGUUCCCUGGGAGCACAUGAUUGAUCGGUCCAAAUUCGAUCCAAACAGAGACGAGUGAUAUGGAAACCCGGGCGUAUCCAUGGCAGGAGACACUGAUAGACUGACAG